CACAAAAGGCCCGAACGUCAUCUUUUUUUAAAUGUGUCCAAGUCUCGCGACAACAUACCUGAGCGGGUUUGCUGGCAGUGACACCUGAGGCUCGGGACAGGAGCAGACCGGGUACAAGAGGCGACUGCAGUGAGGAUGUCUUUGAACGAGGAGGGUUAUGUGGUUCGGAUCAGGGGACUACCCUGGUCCUGCACGCAGGAGGAGGUGGCCAGUUUCUUCUCUGACUGUGACAUCGUUGGGAAAGUAAACGGAGUGUGUUUCACCUACUCUAAAGAAGGCCGUCCCAGUGGAGAGGCAUUUAUUGAGCUGAAAACAGCAGAGGAUUUUAAAAAUGCCCUUGCCAAGGACCGUAAAUACAUGGGACACCGAUACAUAGAGGUGUUCAAGUCCAACUGUAGCGAGAUGGACUGGGUGCUGAAACGUAGUGGUCCUGCUGAUUAUGACAGCUGCAGUGGCUGCAUGCUGAGACUUAGAGGCCUUCCCUUUGGCUGCAGCAAGGAGGAGAUUGUUCAGUUCUUCUCAGGGUUGAGAAUCGUGCCAAAUGGGAUUACUCUGCCAGUGGACUACCAGGGGAGGAGCACAGGGGAAGCCUUCGUGCAGUUUGCCUCAAAGGAGAUAGCAGAAAAGGCUCUGGGGAAACACAAGGAAAGAAUAGGGCACAGGUAUAUAGAGAUUUUUAAGAGCAGUCGUAACGAGAUCAGAGCCUAUUAUGAGCUGCCCCGGCGGGGGUUGGGAGGCCAGAGACCAGGGCCCUACGACAGACCCAUGAUGGGGGGCCCCAGAGGAGGGUUUUUUGGGCCCGGGCUUGGCCGCGGUGUGGCUCUGAUGGACACCAUGAGGAGCGGAGGGGGCUAUGGAGGAGGUUACAGUGGCUUUGACAGCUACAAUGGUUUCAACAACUACUGUUUUGACAAUGGCAUGUUUGAUGAACGAGUGAGAGGAGAGAGGGGAGGAAGAGGGAUGGGAGGCCACAGUUACAGUGGUCAAAGUGAUGGGUGUUCAGGCUUCCACAAUGGCCAUUUUGUCCAUAUGAGGGGUUUACCUUUCCGUGCCACAGACGGAGACAUCGCUAAAUUCUUCUCUCCUUUGAAUCCACUGAGGGUCCAUAUUGAUGUGGCUCCCAACGGCAAAUCGACUGGAGAAGCAGAUGUGGAGUUUCGCUCCCAUGAAGACGCUGUGGCAGCCAUGUCCAAAGACAAGAACCACAUGCAGCAUCGCUAUAUUGAGCUGUUUCUUAACUCAACAGCCAGUGGAGCAGCUGAAAUGAGUCGUGGCGGUGGUUACUACGGUAACUCAGGAGGGGGUGGAGGCUCACGGAGCAGCGGGCUGCGAGGUGCAUACUGAUGAUGUCAUCCCACUCUUCCAAUCCAUCCAGACGUUUGUCUCGCGUCUCUAUAGGCCACAUUUACUCGAUUAUCGUUUCUAAGCAGGGGAGCUGAUGUGAAGUCACUAAUUUGUUCUUUUUAUUGUGGGGUUGUACUGAAACUUCACUUCAGAUACUAGAACAGACCAGAUAUGACCUUAACAGGAACUAUUAUUAUUAUUCCUAAAAGCAUAUGAACUUGUCAGUAUUAAAAUGUUGGAGCUGUUGUAGGUGCUGAACAUGGUUGAUGGGCCAUAUUGAAGAUUUCUUGUUUCUCUUCUAUUUUUUUUUUAACAAAUGGAGAUUUUUCAUGGUUCACAUGAAAAGUACUUUUUCACCUGUGAUCUGAUUAAGAGAAAUCAAACACCUUGUUUUGAAUGGCAUUGAAAGGGCAGUAACUGAAUAUGUAACUGUUUUUAGUGACUUGAUUGGGAAGCACUUUGUUUCACAGGUCACAGUUAGCAGGAGAUGUAAGUCUGCGCAGAUGCAGCAGGGAGACAGAACUUCAUAGGACACAGAUCAACAGCUGUGGGAUUUGUUUGAUACAUGAGAAAAUAAUCAUUUUGAUUGGCACUGUCAGACAAUAGACUGUAUAUAUCAUUAUAUACAGUCUAUGCUCAGGACCGAACAUGGUCACUUUGAAUCUAAUCACUUGAUGACUCUGCUUUGACUAGGGUGACAUGUUGAGGUGAGUGAUGCUCUUUAGGAGGUUGAGCAGUGAGAAGCAACAUCAAAACAUUACUUUGUAAGAAGUUCUGAAUUUAAAUUUUAUUCUGGUUUAAACUUAUUUUCAGCAGAAUGUUAGACCAUCCUGUAAUACACUGAUUCAAACUGGAUUUCAGAUUAGCUUUCCUGCUUUGAAAUGUUGUGAGCCAGUGUGUUUUUUAUGAAUGUUUUUACAGUUCAUUACAGAAUUUAAAACUAAGUUGAAUAUUAUAUUCCACUCUCAAAGAGUGGAAACAAAAUAAACUCUAUAUUUGAGCUGUAAAAUAGCUUAUGCAGCUGUUGUACAUUUUGCCGAAUAAAUUUUAUAUUUAAUUCUC